GGCGUUUAUACCCUUUUCCGCUAAAGCAAUGACAGGUUAUAUGAACAAGGAGGGAAAAUAGAGAAAAAGAAAGAUUUGAAAAACUGGCUUGUAUGGAAGCUUUAUUUGUUUAUCAGUCAUGCUAGCAAAGCCAAACCCUUUCUCAAUAUUUGCACUUUCUAACCUUAAAUACUCAACUUCUUCAAAUACCCUUUAUAACACUAGUACUAAAACAAACAAAUUCUUGAUUUACUGUAACACCCAAAUUGCAGAAAAUGGCCGAAACGGAAACAUUAAAGAAGCCGAAUCCAUUUUCUACAAUAUGCCCACAAAAAAUAUCGUUACUUGGACUGCAAUGCUCACCGCAUACUCUCAAAACAAGCAAAUCAAGAAAGCCCGUAAACUGUUCGAUGAAAUGCCUGAAAGAAGCGUUGCAUCGUGGAACGCGAUGCUUACGGGUUAUAUGAGGAAUAGAAUUGAGAUUGAUGAGAUUUUUAGGUUUUUUGAGGCGUUUCCGGAGAGAAAUGCGGUGUCUUUUGCUGCGAUGAUUACGGGUUUUGUUAAUGCAGGGAGGGUUGAUAUGGCGGAAAAUUUGUACGUUCGGAUGCCUAUGGUUUAUCGUGAACCUGUUUGUUCGAAUGUAUUGAUAAAUGGGUAUCUGAAAGUUGGGAAGUUGGAUGAUGCAAUUCGUGUUUUUGAUGGUAUGGUGAAGAAAGAUAUUGUUUCUUGUAGUGCGAUGAUCGAUGGGUAUUCCAAGAAUGGGAGAGUUAUCGAGGCUCGGGGGUUGUUUGAUAAGAUGAAGGAGAGAAAUGAGGUCACUUGGGGUGCUAUGAUUGAUGGAUAUAUGAAAAAUUGUUGUUUCGAGGAUGGAUUUGAUUUGUUUCUAAGAAUGAGAAGAGAAAGUGAUGUGAGACUUGAGCCUACUAUGCUGACGAUUGUUUUAGAAGCUUGUGGAAUAUUUAGUAGGCAUCGACAAGGUUAUCAAGUUCAUGGAUUGGUUUCUCGUUUGGGAUUUGAAUUUGAUGUUUUCUUGGGUAAUUCAUUGAUUACUAUGUAUUCUAGAUUUGGUUGUGUAGAUGCAGCUAAAAGUGUGUUCGAUUCGAUGUUAAGGAAAGAUGUUAUUUCUUGGAAUUCUCUUAUUAGUGCUUUUGUUCAAGCUGGAAAUCUUGAAGAGGGAUAUGAGCUUUUUAAGAGGGCUCCGGAAAAGGAUGUUGUUUCAUGGACAGCGAUGAUUACCGGGUUUUCUGAAAAAGGGUUGACUGAAAAAUGUGUUGAUUUAUUUAAAAUGAUUCCUGAGAAAGACGAUGUUGCAUGGACAGCUCUUAUCUCUAGUUUUGUAAAUAAAGGGGAAUAUGAGGAGGCUUUUCGCUGGUUUAUUAAAAUGCUUCAAAGUGCAGUUAGACCAAAUCCGUUAACUUUAAGUAGUAUGCUUAGUGCUUCAGCUGGUAUGGCAACGUUAAAUCAAGGUCUGCAAAUUCAUGCUCGUGUUUUGAAAAUGGAUAUGGAGUUUGAGUUGUCUAUACAAAGUUCUCUUAUCUCAAUGUAUUCCAAGUGUGGAAGUUUAGAUGAUGCUUACAGGAUCUUCAAGUUCAUAAAUUUCCCGAAUAUUGUUUCUUUGAAUGCAAUGAUUACUGGAUUUGCCCAAAAUGGCUAUGCCAAAGAAGCACUUAAGUUGUUUCACCAGUUGCAGAAUGAAGGUGAGCAACCUAAUAGUAUCACUUUCCUAGGGGUUCUAUCGGCAUGUAUGCAUGCCAGGCUCGUAGAAGAAGGAUGGAACUACUUCAAAUCUAUGAGAUCAUUAUACAACAUUGAACCAGAGCCUGAUCAUUAUACUAGCAUGGUUGAUAUUCUAGGACGAGCUGGUUUACUUGAUGAAGCAGUUAAUUUGAUUAAUUCCAUGCCAUUCAAGACACAUUCUGGGGUUUGGGGUGCUCUUCUGAGUGCUAGCAAGACUCACUUGCGUCUUGAUCUUGCAAAGCUUGCAGCUCAGAGGAUUUCGGACUUAGAACCGAGUAAUGCCGCUCCGUACGUGGUCUUGUCUGACCUGUAUUCUAUUGUUGGAAAGAAGAAUGAUGAAGAACAAGUUAGGCUGGCAAAGAAAUUGAAAAGAAUAAAGAAAUUUCCAGGUUGCAGUUGGGUUUUGUUGAAAAACAGCAUUGGUUUGUUUCUCUCUGGAGACCAGUCCCAUUUGAACUUUGAAGAGAUCGGCUGCACGUUGUGGACAAUUAUGGAUGAAAUGAAACAAUUAAGUUGCAUAGACCAUGACUUGUUACCACAUUAAAAAAAUGAUAAUUUGUGUCAGAAAAGGAUGUCCAGCAGACAACUAAACUGAAACUAUCAUUUUCAUGCCUUUUAUCCAUUUGUUUUUUUUGGAUGGUUUAAGAGGAUAAGGGAUGAAUUAGCAAAAGGCUGUAGAUAUUUUAAGAUGCCAGUUUGGGUUCUAAAUGUAAGUGAUGCCCUCUGGAAGAAAUUUAAUGAAGUCUCUAAAGGGCAUUAUUGGAUAUUGUCCAUUCUGCAACAUUUAGCAAGUAGGAGUGUGAAAAGAUUGCCAUCCUGACAUAUCAUAAUCAGUGAUAUGAUGAUAUGUCAAUUGUCCCCAAAACCUGGAUAAUUGAAAGAUGGUUCAUAGUUAUCAUCACUUUAAGAGAUGCAGAAUGUACAGCUCUCCAUUCUAUGGAGAGUUAGCCCCUUUCUCCCCGGACGAUUUUAACUGAAAUAUAUGCUCAAAUUUCAGGAACCAGCAUGUGUGCUGGAAUUCUCAAAGACAUGAUCAAAUUCAAUUCUUCCUCUCUCUAGUAAUUUAGUUUCUUUUCUCUUUCCAUAUAUAUGACAAUUCACAAGGUAAGUGAAUGAGUUACUUGUGAAAUAUCUAGUACUUCUUUUGCAAUUCAAUUGUAGGCUACAAUGUAAGUAUUUUGCGUAUUCCAUGUUAGA